AUGGCAGAACAGGCGAAUCACGUCGUGUUCGACGUCGUGGGCACGUGUGUCUCCUUUGACGCUUACUACGAAACGAUAGAGAAUGUCAUGGGUGGCAAGCUACGACAGCACGGAAUGACGGCUAAGCACUUUGGCUUCACGUGGCAGACGGCAGCCGAGCUUGAAUUCACCUUCUUGUCAGUGGCGGGCAGUUACCUGGCGUACAAGGACGUCAUGCGAGGGCUGUUCUACCGCUCACUCUGGAUGGCGGGCGUCGCCAACCCGCGGGCCGUGGCCACCGACGAUGAGCGUGAGGCCUGCAUCCAGGGCUACUCUAGCCUGAAGCUGCGCUCGGACUGCGACGCCUCCUUCCAGAAACUUCGCGAUAACGGUUUCACGGUCUGGUGCUUCACCACAGGCGACAUCCAGCGCGUCAGGGGCUAUUUCGAUCGUGCGUCAGUGAGCCUGCCGGUCGCGAACAUCAUCAGCUCUGACUCGGUAGGCGUCGCUAAGCCAGCUCUGGCGGCAUAUGAGCAUGUGUGGGCACGCCUGGGGAGGGACGGUGCCAAGUGGUUCGCUGCAGCGCACAUGUGGGAUGUGUCUGCAGCGACCAAGGUUGGCUUCAGGGGGGCGUGGUGUUCCGCGCUGGAGAAGGAGCCAUGCCUGGAUGUGUUUCAAAACGCUGAGAUGGAGGUCAUGGCCGACUCUCUGUUGGAGCUGGCCGACGGGAUCAUUAAAAUCUCUCAGAAGAACCUGACAGGAUGA